AAUUCUGCUGUGAGCUUCAGCUCUUCACAGAAGGUGUCCUCGUCCUGACUGAUACCUCGGACACUGAAGUUGACUCAGACAUUUUUGAUGAACUUCUAAGGUCUGGGGUUCGAGCUUUCAGGGUUGGAUACCGAAAGCAGCUAGCAACAGAUAUUGAGAUCAGUUUGGUUGAAGAUGAAUUACAAUCAUCAGUGCAGGCCACCCCUCUUGUCACUCCAACAUCACCAGUUUCCCUGUCAGACCAUUCCUCAUCCCCUGCUUCUUCUUGUUCUUCGGAUUCAACUCUUAUCCUCAAAACUACAAAGAACAGAAAAAAGGGCCAAGAAAAGCUUGAUCGUGAUGAUGCAAAACAGAUGGUGUAUACAGUCCUGAGGUCAAACCCAAAGGGUGAAGAAAUCUUCAACGAAUAUGACAAAACUAAAACGCUCUCAGAUGCAACUCGUCGGCAAAUGGUCAACAUACUGGUCGCAGAUAUGAUAGAAUCUCAUGGGAGGAUCCCACCCAUAAGUGCUCGGACUAACUAUGCCCUGGGGAUUGCAACUCUUUUUCCAUAUCUUCAGGAACCAUACUCAAAAAAUGGUUAUGAACAUUACCAUGACCCUGAGGCCAACAGUGGCUAUCUUGCUUGGAGACUCAAGACUGUCCAACGCAACACCUACGAUGGUGCACGUGGGGGACCAAGGCCAAAUUUCAAGGACAGUCCAACAACCCAAAGAGAAUCUUUGAUGGUUGGUGAACAGCUCUUCGGCGAGGACCUCAGAGAGGCUCUGUCUGUUAUUAGACACUCAAUGGAUAAGGCUGUGGUUAAAGAGAAGAUGAGAGCCACCUUUGAAUAUCGACAGAAGCUGGUUCAUGACCCAGAUGCAACAUCAUCAGUCUUGGAUGUCUUCCCUAGAUUUCUUGAUACACCUGGGUUGAUUGAUCAGGAUUUCUCUAUGAUGUUUGGGGAUGAAGUUUCUGGAAGAUUUCUCACAAAGUGGCCUUCAUAUUUCAAGCAAAAAGUCAUCACAGAAAGCCAAAGUCUUUCAUCAAGUCCCUGUGUUGAAGAGUUACAAGCUUCUGUUAACCCGGAACAUCCAUCUGUCUUUGGCUGGGAUAGUGACAUUGCAGCUCUUCUGCUGUUGCUGCAUCUCCUGCCCCCCACAUCUAGAGGCCACAAAAAAACUGCAAAGAUUAGCUCCGCACAGGCAGCCAAUCAUCUCAUAAGAUUUGUCAAGGAAGGAGUCAGCCUUACUACUUUCCUGGAGAAAGUGGACACCAGACAACCUUUCCUUCUUUGCAUCGGUGAGCAGAAGAACAACAUUCAGAGGUUCUUCAUUGUUGUGGAUCAGAGAGCUAUCCCCUGUGAUGCUCCAACAUCAGUGGCUGCUUUUGAUGGGCUAUUCAAAGCACACUUUGUCUUCAGCCUGUCUUAUGAUGAGGCUCUUUGCAGUUUUUACACAUUUGUUCAAACCACAAUCUACAAUAUUGAUGUUGGAAGUGCAAAAGAAAGUCCACGAGUCAAGGAAUUGAGAGCACGUCUGCUGAGAGAGCGUUAAAAUCCCCCAAGAUCCAAAAGCUUGUAGGGAGUUAAAAAAUACGUUUUGACAAUGUUCUUAUGUUUUGUUUGUAAAAUGCACCACAAAAAUUGUUCAGCUCUUUGUCAACAUUUAAAAUUUUGUCAUGGUUUAUAUCCAGCUAAAAAUCUGCGUUUAAAAUGUGGA